AUGAACUCCCCCAGUAGUCCCCAGUUCGCUUCGGGGCUGCUCUCAGGAAGCACCUCCCCAAGUAGGGAUGAUGGCUUCUUCCCCUUUGUGCGGGAGAGGCGAGAUUCCUUCCUGGGGGGGUCAGGGCCUGGGAAUGAGAAGCCAGAGGAUGAGCCUGAAGACCUGGCUGUGCUGCUUCAGCGGAAAGAGAAGGACUUACUACUGGCAGCGGAGCUGGGCAAGAUGCUUUUAGAACGGAACGAGGAGCUGAGCCGAAGCCUGGAGGUUCUCAAGGCCCAACACGCAGAACGGGAGGAACGCUUGCAGCAGCAGAACCAUGAGCUUCGACAGGGGCUGGCCGCCCGUGGAGCCGAGUGGGAGGCUCGAGCCGGGGAGCUGGAGGUCGACGUAGCUGCCCUCCGAGCUGAACUUGGGGAGCGGCGUUCAGAACAGCAGAACAGUGGGCGCCAACGAGCCCAAGCACUUGGAGAACUCAGUGAACAGAACCUCAGGCUCAGUGAGCAGCUUGCACAGGCCUCCCAGACAGAACAAGAGCUGCAAAAAGAACUGAGCACCCUUCGAGGAGAGUACCAGACCCAGCUGCUGGCGGGGACCGAAAUGAGGGCCAGAUUAGAAAGCCUUCAGGGAGAGAACCAGAUGCUCCAGAGCCGGAGGCAGGACCUGGAAGGGCAGAUCAAGAGCCUGCAGGAGGAGGCAGAUAAGGGUCAGAGCCGAGUACAAGCCCUGCAUGAAGAGCUGCUGCUGCUCAGAAGGGAGAGAAGGGAACACAACCUAGAGCUAGAACUGGCCCGCUCAGAGGCCAGGGAAGCACUUGUGUCACUCAGACGUCUCCAGCACCGGGUCUCUGAGCUUGAGGAGGAAUCCCGGCUCCAGGAUUCAGAAGUCUCUGGGGCCUCCCUGCAAUCUGAGAUUGCCCACAGUUUAGAUGAGGAAGGAGAAUCCCAACUUCCAGUGACACCCCAGGUAAACUCUGAUUGGGAUUUGCCCCUUCUAACAAUUCCUCAGACCAUGGAGGCAGGAAAAGAACCCCCAUCUCUAGAAGAGGGCUUGGAGCCCCCUAAGAAGCGGGCCUCCAUGAGUCCUAAAGAAAUGUUGGAAGAGAAGGAGGUGGAAAUGGAACGGCUCCAAAGUGAGUUAUCUUUGCAAGUGGAAGAGUUGCAGUCCCUCCGGGAAGAACUGCAGAGACAAAAGGAACUGAGGGAAGAGAAAGACCCUGAGUCAGCACUAAAUAAGGCAUUCUCUGACCGGGAUGAAGCUGUGAACAAGUCUUUGGCCCUCUCCCUGGAACUGACCCGGGUGUCCCUGGAACGGGACUCUCUUUCACGAGAACUGCUGCGAACCAUCCGCCAGAAGGUGGCAUUAUCUCAGGAACUGGAGGCCUGGCAGGAUGAUAUGCAGGUAGUGAUUGGACAGCAGCUUCGUUCUCAGCGUCUAAAGGAGCUUCAUUCCCAGCCAGCAGCCCCCCACCACGGUGCCACAAAAUUUUCCUUGGGAAGAGGAGGGACAGGGGCUGGUAGCUUCUUUACCAACCUUUUCAGAAGGACCUGAGGGGGUGCGUGGGCUGCAUAUGGGAAUGGUGGCCUGGAGGUGACUUUUCUGGAAAGGUUUCAGGGUACAAGGGCUAAGGGGAGCCAAUAAUUUGGGGAUAUGGGUUGGCAAAAGGUAGUUAGACUCCAAAUUCUGGAGCACAGCAGAAGUUGGGGCAGAGGUGGCUUCCAAACCAACAGGGCUUGGGAGGCCAAACAUUCCUCCCUCCAAAGGAGUUCUCAGAAGUAACUAUUUUGCAUAUUCAUAGGCUUAUCUUUUCUAAACCACAAUAAACUUCAACUGGCCAGGGACUGGGGGGAAUCCAUAGAGGGUAUUUAUGUAACAAGGUCUAA